AUGAACUUCAACAAGGGCGCUGGUAAUCCUGGCCAAGGGUCAGCUCAGCAGUUUGCAGGUGGCCGUCAGAGGCUAAAUCCCGCAAUGCUUCCACCGCAAUUCCAGCACCUUACUCCACAACAGUUGCAAGAGUUGGAAAACACUCCCCAGUUCCAGAACGCCAUUCGCCAGUACUACCAAAAACAACAAAUGUUUCAGCAACAGCAAGCUUUGCUUAGACAACAGCAUGGCGGUAUGGCUCAGGGCAUGGGGCAACAGAUGCCUGGUCAACCUAACCAGAAUCUAGCACAACAAAACCCAAACCAGCGUAUGGUAAACAGAAACAUUCCACCUGGCUUUAUUCCACAGAACCAACAGGCACAGCAGCAACUUCAGGCACAAAGAGCCAAUCUUCAAGCUCAAGCCCAGGCUCAGGCCCAGGGACAGAUGCCAAACCUGGGUCCUAUGGGUGGUCCUCAAGGACAAGUGCAGAUGCCAGGAUCCAUGCAAGGAGGAAAUAUGAAUAAUCCAGCUGCUGCCGCUGCCGCUGCUGCUGCGGCCGCUGCUUCUCUGCCCAACUAUAGCAAUGUUCAAAAGAUGGGCGGGCAGUUCCCUCCACAAGGUGGAAACCCUCAGGCUCAGAUCCCGAUGGGAGGACAACCAGGACAAAGCCGAGGCAGUCUAUACGGAGGUGUUGGAGGAAUUCCAGACCCCUCUGGUGCUUCAGCUGCUGGGGCUCCUGGCGCGGCUGGCAUGAACGGCAUGCUGACCAUUCCUGGUCCAAUGACUGGCACUUUACCUGUGACUGCUAGACCAGGAGGUUCUGUAAGUCAAGCUCAGCAAAGCGGGAAGCCUUCGAAGUUUGGCAGCAAUGAGGAACCUGAGUAUCCUCCUGGAUUUGGCCCCGAGUCUUUAUCAAAGCUUCCAUUGAAGCAGCUUUCGUCUCUUGAUGAAUGGUCGCAGAAACUCGCCGAAGAAGGCAAAGAAGUGCCUGUUGAUCUUAAAGUCUAUGAGGACAUUAUCCAAAAAGAUAGCUCGUUCCUCAAGAACUCGCAGCUACAACUGAAGAAAAACAAGAACAUGAUAGAGAAGAUGGGCCGUGACAUCAAAACAUACAACACCAUCAAGCAGCUUCGUAUGAACGCCAUCAACGCAUCUGACAAAAACCAAUACAAUAACAGCAUCUGGGGUGAAGGCUACCUGGGCUACGGAAACGGCAUAAGUAACACCUCGACCCAGGUGAUCUUGCCUCAAAACAAUAAGCCUUUUUCUAGAGUGCCUGACAUUGGAUACACGGAGAAGCAAUUAAAUGAUUCGGUGUUAAGGAGUUUGAAGUCUGGCAAAAACAAGCCUUUGGUGCCUAUCCGUCUAGACUUUGACCAGGAGAGAGACAGGUUCAAGCUUCGAGACACCUUUUUAUGGGACUUGAGUGACGAUACCUACAGAAUUGAGAACUUCGUUCGUACUCUCAUCGAGGAUUACAAGUUUAUCCCCGAACUGCAUUUCCAUUCGAUCAUUAAUGCUGUCAAUGAGCAGAUUAAGGAUUUCAAGCAAAUAGUGGACAACCCAAUGGGUGAGUUAAGAGUCCCAAUCAAGAUUGAUCUUAUAAUCAACAACACACAGUUCACUGAUCAAUUUGAAUGGGACAUCUUAAGUCUUAGUGAAAAUGACCCAGAGGAGUUCGCUUCCAUUCUCUGUGAUGAGAUGAGUCUACCUGGUGAGUUCGUCACAGCCAUUUCAUUCAGCAUUCGUGAACAGAUGCAACUCUAUCAUAAGGCAUUGUUCCUUGUUGGUUACGGUUUCGAUGGGUCUCUUGUCCGUGAAGAUGAGAUCCGCUCGCACUUGCUUCCGCCCUUGCGUGUGAUUAAUAACAGCGAACCUGGUGAACCAGUGGAGGACUUCAUCACCACAUUACGUAACCCAGCAUUGGUCGCCGACUACUCGCCAGCCUUAUCGAAACUCACCCAGCUUGAUGUUGAGAAGAUUGAUAAGGAAAUGGAGAGAGAAUCACGUCGUCGUAGACGCCACAACAACGAUUUCAGCUAUAACGAAAACGGACCUAGCAUGGGUGUUAACAGGGGAACUGCUUCCAGAAGAAGCGGGCUUCAUAUUGGAAGAGGUGCCAAGACCACGCUACCCGAUCUCACCGAGAUACCCAAAACGUUCCGUACGCCCAUGCCUUCGAGUAUCUUGCCAGGAGGCAUUGAUCUUGGAGUUCCAGAGAUUUAUGGAUACAAUGAGCUCAUUGUCAACAGAACUCAAGUCAGAAAUCCCGACUACAAGCCUCCAAACGUUGAGCUUGUGACUACGUCUCGUGACAGUGGAUCUUUCUUCGUGAAGAUCAAACUCCCACGCAGAUUUAAUGCUUAG